UAGUCCAACUAAAUGAGCAGCAGCAGCGAGGAAGAUGGAGAUGCGGCGUGGAAAGCCGCCAUUAGCUCCGCCGCAGCAGGUGCCACCUCUUAUAUCAACUCCCUCUCCGCCAAACCAACCCAGCUACCUGCCCAAGAUUCUAACCCCACGAAACUCCCCAAGCACUACCAAAUCAAGGCACAAAAGCUUUUGGAUGAUAUUGUAGGGAAGUCAUUGGAGAUAGUGCAUAGUUCUAUCCCUGAACUAGAUGAUGAAGCUGUAAGUAAUGAGGAGGAAGCUGGUGUUCGCUUGUUCAAAAAUGCUCCCCGUGGAAUAGUUUUUGAUCAUAAGGAGGAACAAGCACCUAGGAAGAGACCGAGAAUUCUUCCGGGAAAAGAAAUUAAUGAGAAAUCAAAGAAGUUUAAACAACGAAUCCAAUCUGUUGCUGUUGAUGGGAAUGACAUAGUGUCUGAAGCAAAAUAUAGAUGUCAGAUAGCAUUGUCUAGGCUAGAAGCUAAAGAGGCAGCAGCGAAAGAAGCAGCCAAAAGAGAAGAGGAAAGAGUUGUAGAUCUCAAGAAAGUUAGGGGAGAGAGAUGGCUACCUUCUAUUGCCAAAGAAAUGCAGUCCAAAAGAGGCAGCAGUGAAGAAGCUGCCAAACGAGAAGAGGAAAGAGUUGCACAGCUCAAUAAGGGAGAAAGAUGUGUUCCUUCUAUUGCCAGAGAAAUGCAGUUCAAAGGCAGACACAAAAAAUGAUAUGCCUGUUUUGAUUUGUCACAUACUCCUUGUAUCGUAAUCCUGCGCUCUUCUUUUGUGGUGUUGGCAGCGUAGAGAAUCGCAGACAAACAAAUGUAGACAAAUAUUCAGCAGCAGUUUCCCAUGAUGUUUGCUCGCAUGAUAAUUGAGAUCAAAUUGGCAAUAUUUCGUUGGCAGCCAUUUGGUUGGACCCUUUCAUUGAUGUUUCUUGCUACAGUCAUUGUUACUUCUCAGUUACUGGUAAUCUAUUCAUUCACUUAGAGUGCCGCUCUCUAUAGUGCAGCAAAUCAGUAUGUCAAGCGAGUUUGAUUAUGCAGAAUUUUGUGUCUGGAUCGAUGUUGAUCCAUGAGAAAAUGA